AUGAGCCAGCGCCGCCAGCCGCUACCGGCCAACGCUGGGAGGAAGCAGACGCCCAAUGCCAACGAGUCCACGGCCCACUGCCUCAGCUUUGAGGCGCGGCCGACGACGCCCGAGUCGGUGCGCAAGUACCGCAAGUCGUACUUUGCCGAGCCUGGCACGCGCAUCGUGCACUCGGGCCUCGUCGACGACAUGAAGGCCCACGACAUGAACAAAAAGUACGGCGUCACGACCAAAGACAGCGACCACGUCACGGACGUCAUGCCGCCGAGGCUGCCGUCGGACCACGCGCUCAUCACGCAGGCCAAGCUGGAGGCGGUGUACCAGAGCACCAAGCGCGAGCCGCUCGGCAAGUCGUACACGCGCGGCCACGUAUACAACCAGUCGAUCUUUGGGUCGCCGCCACCCGAGGUCAUCGACACGACGAAGGAGCUCAUCUACGCCACGCCCUUCAACGAGACGCCGGACGCAAAGGCGCUUUACAAGCGCAGCCACGGCGCGUCCGACCCCGGCGAGCAAAAGAACCGAUCGUACCAGGUACCCUUUGAGCUCUCGCAGGCGCGCUUUGGCGCGCUGAAGGUCAAGGACGAUGGCGGCGUCGCGUCUGCGCUCAACCCGGAGCUCGACGAGCACGUCUCCAAGCUCACGAUCACGAGCAAGAACGUCGAGGACAUGAAGUCGACGUUCGAUCAGCUCGGCCGCCCGCGCAACCUCGGCUUUGCCAAGCCGAUGGGCGAGAACAACGACCACAUCUUUGGCGUCAAGCUGCCGAAAGACUUGGCGAGUGCGGGCGAGUGCAUCCAAGGCAGCUACUCGUUCGAGGAGCAGCAGCCCGACGCCGACCUCGGGCGGCCCGUCAACCGCGGCUGGAUGAACGCAACGGCCGACGACCGGGCGUUUGGCGUCCCGAGCAUUCGGUCGGACGUGGCGCCGCCGCAGAAGCGGUCGCUGGCCGACGCCCAGAACUAUGGCGACGACGUCAUGGCGCAGGAGCUCUUGUAUCCGCAUGCGUACGCGGCGCUGGGUGCCAAGGACACGGAGUUUAGCCAGCCGCGGACCAAGCAGUACCUCGCCGACCUCUUUGGCCGCAUCGGGUACAAGCUGCCGCCCGGCGUCGUCGACCGCCUCUUUGCUUCCGCGAGCCUCAAGUCGCCGCGCGGUGUCGGGAUCCAGAGCUUCCGCGAUGCGCUCAACGACUACCUCGACGAGACGGACGACAACAACCCGCGAAAGUAG